CAUAUAUGUAUGUAGAUUUGAAACACUACAUCAUUCAAAUGACUUUCUCGCGAAUUGGAACAAACUUUAAUCCAUUUGAGGUAAUUUUCGACCACUUUUAGGCACUUAUUAAGCGUUAUCUUAUGCAUAACUUGACAAAUAUUGGUGCUCAAGAGUCAAAAGUUUAUCCACUUAAGCACGGUGUUUCAAACAGUCGCACAAAAUAAUUCCAAUGGUAUCAAAAAGCACGAACCUCGUUGGUUAAUUCGCAUCGCCAUGACGAGAGAUUACGCGGCCGAAAAAAUUUCUAUCGAAAUAAAGCCAUAUUCGCUCAUGUUGUAUAGCAUGCGGCACCAUCUUGUUGAAACUAUAUAUGGCCCAAGUCGUGUUCUUCAAUUGCAGGCCGGAAAAAGUAGGUCAUCACAUGAUAAUAACGCUCCGCAUUGUCAAUUAAGAGGACUCUUGGGGUCAAAAAUGCGACAAUUUUGCUUAUUUACGUAUCCUCCGAAUGGGAAAUGUGCCCCGAAAAAUCGACGUCCACUGCGGGGUAUACGACGGCGUUGUGAAUGGCAGCUGGCAUGUGUAAGUGCAACGAACGCCAUAAUAUGCCAUAAGAAAGUCCCAGCUCUUGAGAAGGUCGAGAAAUAAACACAUUGGGGUCCUUGGCUACACUUACUGCAGCGAUAUUUGAGGUGGACCUAGCAAAACUAUGAUGCACAGACCUUACAAUACCUGUAACAAAAUAACUUCAAAAUUUCUUUAAAAUUUGACAAAUUGCUUGAGUAGUUGGACUAUAUGAAGUGCAUCAUAAUCUCAUCUUAAAGCACGAAAGGUGGCUACAUUUCAAUCAUCAUUUUUGGAGCAGAUUUUUACAAUUUUUUAUGCCUUGAACGUUUUUUAAGCGAUUCAUUUUUCAUAUUAGUCUGACUUUUAACAAAAAAAAAGUAACGGUUUGACAGUUAAGUUUGGCAAAUAUCAAAAUACCACUCUGUACUCUUGAAACCACGUAACGGAUAACCAUAUAUAUAUCAGAUAUUCACAGCAUCAUUUUUCGGAUGACUAACUGACAUAAACA